AUGGAAGACCAGUUCAUUAUAAGACCACCAGAGAGUAUAAGAAAUAAAGUGUGUGAGGAUGUGAAGAAUGGGCUAAUUCAUAAACUAACAAUAAAAAUGACAAAUAACAAAGAAGGCACUCUUACAUACGAAAACAAGACGUAUAAAGGAUGUAUUGUAGACCUUCCAUGCAUUAUAGAGUCACACAAAACUCUGGACAACAGGCAGUUCAUAAAAAUAGCAGAUGUGUCAAAAAUAUUCAUAUUCACUGAACAGGACAUUGACAUAUCUGAACUAGAAAAAGAGAGCAUAUCCGGGAUUACUCCACCAAUGAAAUAUGUAAAGGUGAGAAGGUUUAGAAAAAGGCUAACAAAAGCGCCAAUAAUUGAAGAAAUAGAAAAAGAGGUGGCAGCACUCUUGGAGAAGGAUAAAGAAGCAAUGCGAGUAGAUGUACAACUGAUUAAUAAGGAUGGAAGUGAAGAGGAGGAAGAUACUUCAUCACUUGCAGCUGAAAUAGAAUUGAACCUACUGGAGAGUGAAAAGAACACACAGAACAGUAUAGAAGAAAUAGAAAUAGAUGGAAAUCUUGAAGAGAAGAAAGAGAAGGAGAGAUUAUUACAAGAGAUUAAGGAUAAGAUUGAAGAGAAGAAGAAACAAAUAGAAAAGAUAACAAACCCAAUUUUAAAGAAGAGAUUCUAUGAGAGUAUCCAGCAAUUAGAGCAGGAACAAGAAGAAAUUCAGAAAGAUUUGGAUAAAAUGGGAAAUAAGUAAGUAGAUAUGCAGAUAUGACCAUCUGGAAUAUUUAUGUAUUAUGAACAAAAGCAUACAUUACAGCCACUCUAAGAAUAUAAUUAAAAUUAUUUUUAUACCCAAAUAAGAAAUGCUCUGAAAUAGGAAAUACCUGA